CGGUCUGUGCGAGCAAAGCCAGGCAAGCCACAUUCAAAACAAUGUGAUUGUAAAUUUUCACAUUUACCUUUUCCUUCGAGAAUUUGAGAGUUGGGUACUUCGCUAAAGAUUAAAAGAGAUUCCUCAAUAAGUAGAGGCCAACAUCAUACCAUGAGCUUCAAACUUCAUGCUCCACAACUUGAAUCUUCGGACAAGGGGAAAAUCUAAGCAGUUUUAUAUUAUAUUUUUUGUGGACAUAAAUUUAGUGGGCAACAGAGUGAAACAGCUACAUUUCAUCUCACCAAUUAUUCAACUCAUUGAUUCCCUCUGCUGGGCUGCAGGAUGCUUGGCCUUUGCUGGACACCAGCUGCGGUUCAAGGGAUGCAGAAAACUGCGAGCACUAUGCCUACCAACCCUGAGCAACUCCUUGGGGCUAUUUUGGUCAGACGAGAUAUCUUCCAACGAUUUGAGUCCACAAUGAAUGACACCUGUCUGGAUGCAAACAAUUUACUGGAGUAUCUGUUCUCUCUCUAUAACAGUACUGCCACUCCUUCUGAGAGGGAAAAUUUCCCAACUCCUCAUCAGAUCUUCCGCAAUGUCCGGAGAGAUUCCAACCACAACAAAAAGGCUUCCAUAAGAAUGUCUCCUCAGUUUGAACAUGCCCAUGCUGCGAACAAUCGCCUUCCACAAGCUCCCCUAGGGUCUAAUCGUGUUCAGGACACCUCGAGAUCGCAUCAAACAGGGCUUAUAGAUUCCCACCAUCAGAGGAAAAGACAGAAAAUGGAGCACCAGGGCUUUGAAGGAGCUCAGAACAAUUAUGGACUCAUGGACCCAGCAAAGUCCAUUGACGGCCACCCUGUGUUUCCUGGAAUAAACAAUACAUCGAAUGCUGGCAUAAAGAUGGAGUUGACCCCGGAUAAUGACGCUGCACAUGCACAGUCAUCGUCUCCACUCCCUCCAUUCAGUCAAAUUCGAAGGCACGGCACACCUUACAGUCCAGGAGCUUCACAGUUUGCAGAGAAUUUACCAGUUGUGUCCACGAGCACUCCCCUCAACAACAUUCGCUCCAAUUUCACGUUGGAUGCCCCUUUGGAUCAGAGUAUUUCAGAGGCUAAGGUCAACGCAGAGGAAGUCGGGAAUCAGAGCGUAGAGGGGAAUGAACAGUUCUCUGGAACAGCUAACAACAACAAUAACAAUACCAGCAACAACAACAACACAUCAGCAGAUGGCAGCAAUACAAUAAUCACAGCAAGUGGCAGAAGAAAGGUGAAGCGGCAUCAGUGUUUCUGCGGAGCGUGGUUCACGCGGGCCGACAAUCUCAAGAGGCACAUCCGCAAAUGUCAUGAGGAGAAAUUAGAAAAACUGUCGGCCGCCCCGUUAGAUUUGGAGCUUGGGGAAGAGGGUGGUUCGGGACAACUGGGUGAGUAUCCACAAAUAUUUUCAUCAUCUUCCGAGCAAGAAGGGACCGGUACACAGAACCAGCAGCAGCAGCAGCAACUGGAGGCAUCAAAGGCGCAAGAGGAUCAACAACAACAGCAGCAGCAGCAGCAACAGCAACAACUACAGCAGCAUCAGCAACACCUGCUGCCCAAUCAGCAGCAGAUGCACCUUCACCACACAGAACAGCAGCAGCAGCAGCCACCUCAUCAACACCAACAACAACAACAACAACAUGAUAGUCACUGCCUGCCGUCCAAUAAUGAUGAUGGAAAGGGUGGCAGCUCGCUCAUGAAGUGGGCCUGUUUCUGUGGGGAAAAUUUUGAAGAUCAUCGGCAGUUAGUGGAGCACACGAGGAUACAUGAAGUCAACUCAUAGUUCUUACAUUCAGCAAUUUCUUGUUUAUAGCGUUUGGGUCCGCUCUGUUGUUUGUAUAAUACUGUAGAGGAGUAGUCGGGUAGGAGUUUUUACAACACGCAUAUCAUUUGAUGCCUCUCUUUGUAGUCUACUUUGGUAUCGUGAGUUUCCAACGGCUGGAAAUGCUUGGGCAUAAUGUCUAUGCCUCAAAUUACAGGGGGUUGUUGAUGAUAUUGAUAAUAUUGUGAAUUAUAAGUGAACUCUGUGGGGCUGCAUUUUUGCAAAUGCAACAUGACAAUUUAAAAAGAUUUCCACCCUGUUGACAUUUAACUUUGUCAGAUCAAAUAGUAAGUACAGGAAUGGUUCAUAAGCAAUGCAGUGUUUUCAAAUAUUUGUAGUAGCUAGUUGUGUAUUAAUGCUGUUGUUAAUGUCGUAUGAAUCCUGCAUCAGGCGUGCAUUUUACUUACACUUCUUAGAGUGACAACAAAGAUUUGUAGUGUAGAAUUUCUAUGCACAUCAUUCUCAUAUAUAUGUAUAUUGUUGUCCUGUUUCAUUUCCAUCUUGAUGACAAAUGACUUUAAUUUUUAUCUGGGUAGAUGAAAAAUUAUAUUGAUUAUCGGGCCUUUUACUUUUUGCAUUCUGAGUUGAAACACACACAUAUGAUAUGUUGCAUUUCAAUGAUGUUAUAUUGUUCUCAAGGCUAAAACAUUGACUUUGCAACAUGGAGAGAAGUUAUCAGAAGAAAGAAUUUUGACUUUGUUUGAGAUUAA